CAGCCCCCCUCCUUCUCCUUCCUCAUUUCCUUAACAGCAUUUCCUGAGCUGGAGAACCCAGUGAUUUGUAAGAAAAGGAGGAAGAAGGAAAAAAAAUUACAGAUAGGUCAAAAAGAGUCAUUUGCAGCCUCUGGGACUGGACAUGGUGCGCCUUGGAGUGCAAGCUCCUGUGACGUUCUGCUGAGCCUGGCACACUGUGCCCUCUCCUGGAUCCAGAUGCCAAGGUGCCACCACCCAGCCGCCUGCCUCCCAGGAUGUGAUCCCUCUGUCCAUCCAAAUCUCAGCCUCUAGGUCCUGCAGCCUCCAUCCCUCCUCCCCCCCACCCUGGGGUGACAGCUGAUCUUCUCCUGCCCAGAGCUGCUUGGGUUCUCCAUGGAGUGACUUGGAAGGAGCUGGGACAUCCCCAAUGUUGGCCGCCCUAUAGCACUCCGACCCCCCUCUCAUCGCUGCAUUACCCACAACUUGGUUUGAUUUCCACUGGGAGGGGUAAGGGGGGCUCCUCUCUGGACCAACUCAUGAAGAACAAGGGAGCCAAGGCGAAGAUCAAAAGGAAAGGAGCCUUUGGAUGUGACCUGGCUGAGCACCUGGAGUCCUCUGGGCAGGAUGUUCCCCUUGUGUUGAAGAGCUGCGCAGAGUUCAUCGAGAAGCACGGGGUUGUGGAUGGGAUCUACCGCCUAUCGGGAGUUACCUCGAAUAUACAGAAAUUAAGGCAGGAGUUCGGCUCUGAGCAAUGUCCGGACCUGACCAGAGAAGUCUACCUCCAGGACAUUCACUGUGUGGGCUCACUGUGCAAGCUGUACUUCCGAGAGCUCCCCAACCCACUGCUCACCUACCAGCUCUACACCAAGUUCACAGACGCUGUGUCAUGCUUAUUGGAGGGCGAUCAAUUAUCUCAAAUCCAAAAUACCAUCCAGGAAUUGCCGCCAUCACAUUACAGGACCCUGGAAUACCUGAGCAGACAUUUGACUUACAUCGCCUCCUUCAGCUCCACCACAAAUAUGCAUAUCAGGAACCUGGCCCUUGUCUGGGCUCCCAAUCUUCUGAGGUCCAGAGAAAUCGAGGAUUCGGGAUGUAAUGGAGAUGCGGCUUUUAUGGAAGUGCGAGUCCAGCAGGUUGUCAUCGAGUUCAUCCUCAACCAUGUGGAAGAAAUAUUCAGCAAAAGUCCCACAGCCCCAAUCAAGCAGAGAGAUAGUGAGGACCUCUUUUUGGCCACCAAGCCUGCACCCAGUGAUUGCCGGAUAGUGAAGAGUAUGACUCUGCCAUCUGGAUCACUCCCCAUGAAAUUGGUCAGUUUAGAAGAAGCUCAAGCCCGCAGUUUAUCGGCCACACACCCUGCCAGGAAGGAGCGGAGAGAGAACAGCUUACCAGAGAUUGUCCCCGUCACAGGCAAUUUAUUCCACACCGUCAUAGAUCUACCGGAAAAUAAGAGGAAACUUUCCACAAAGUCCAAAAAAUGGAGAUCUAUAUUCAACCUUGGUCGUUCUGGAGCUGAAUCCAAAUCUAAACUGAGCCGUAAUGGAAGUGUGUUUGUCAGAGGGCAGAAAGAAAUGGGAGAGAAAGUCACCAUACGGCCGGCCAAGAGCAUGGACUCCUUGUGCUCUCUACCUACGGAAGGUGAGGAUGAAAAAGUUGGUCGAUUCAAGAGACCGGCGGGCGCUGGUGGCUUCUUUAUUCCGGUCCUCAGGUCGCGGGCCACAGGGACUGGUAGCACUUAUGAUGUAAGCAAGCAAGACAGUGAAUGGGGCAGUGAAGAAGCUAUUGGUGCGGUAGGAGGCUCUACCCAAGAAAAAGAUACGCUUAAGACUCCUCAGGUGAAACCCCCACCUGAACAGAUGAAAGUGUUCCGGAUUGGCGACGACCUGGAGAAUGAACAGAACUCUCCAAAAGGAAGGAAGAUGUUUUAUGCUUCAAGUGAUGGACCCACUAAAUCUGGAUUCCCUGGUAGUCUAUUUCCUUUGGAAGCUUCACCUAGACACCAACGAAAAGCCCUCAACAUCUCAGAACCAUUUGCUGUCUCGGUUCCUCUACGUGUCUCUGCAGUCAUCAGUGCCAACAGUACUCCUUGCCGAGCCAACUCCAAGGAACGCCAUCUUCUCUCUAGUCUGGAGGAGUUACCUCUGCUAGAACCGCUUGUUGGUCCCAAAUCCCCAGGUGCAGAUUCCAAUAACAAAAGUGGACUUAAAACAGGACCUCAAUAUCCAGAUGUGACCGAGCCAGUAAAAAUUCAUGAGCCAAGGAGACCAUGUCUUAAAGAUCUUAGCCCAGAUUUAUUUGAAGAAGACAAUCGAACACUGACCCUGAAGGAAAUCUUACUAGAAAUGUCCCAGUUACCAGACAUACUACCCAGCUCUGCAGAUAGGAAGCCAGUUGAGCACACAUUCUUGUCUAUCAGUGAGCUACCUCAAGUCAAAAACUUGGAGCCAAAGAAACCAGAACCGUUGAAAACACCUGAAGAAGAGAAAACUGAAAUAAGUGAUGUAGAUGUUCUUUUCCCGCAUGACCAGGACGAUGAUGCCUCCUCCAUCACUCUCUUGGACCCUCUUUGGUCAAAUAUCCAACAAGAACUGAAGAUCAUUGAGUCCGAGGAAGACCUUACCACCCAUUCAGAAAGUGCCAUGGAUUCUAAGAGACCGCCAUCACCUCUUACUCCAAAUAAGCUUUUGGUAGAAUUAGAAAGUGCUACUGAUGGGUUAUCAGGUCUUACUACGGACAAUAUUUUGGAACCCGUAGAUGAUGAUUGCAUGAGAAAGGAAACAAAAAAGGAUAACCAAAUUCCUUCAACUACGAAUGAACUGGAAAGCAGCAGCGCUCUACCUCAAGAGGUCCAAGAAUGCAGAAUGCAGGAGGAACUAGUUAUUGAUGAUGAACCUUCAAAGUUAGUAAAUGCUACUACUGAAGAUGGAAGAUUGUUAGAACUGGUUAAUGUUAAGAUAGACAAAGAUGUUUCAAGCAUAAAAGAAGAAGGAACGGAAAUAGAAUAUGACAAAAAGUUGCAAGUGAGUGUGGAUCUGGCAAAAGUAGAAUACUUUGAAGAAAAGGUUGAUGAGAGAAAGUCAAGUGAGUCUUUAGACAAUGAUGAUGAUGACCUUGAGGUGGAAAGUGGACAUGCAUUUGAGCUUGAAGAAUUUUGGGAAGAUCACCACUGGGUAACAAGUCCACUACAUUCUCCAAAAUUAAAGAACUUUCUGGAUAAGGAAACACCAGCUAUACCACCAAAGAGGAGAGGAACCACUGGGAAUCUCUACAAAAAGCCAGAGUUUACUCGCAGUUUAUCUCUGGACAGUAAAGACACAAGGGCAAGUCAGUGGUCCAUAAAAGUUGCCGAAAUGAAGGCAGAUGGGUCUUUGUAUAUAAGAUCAAGGACUGAUCAAAUAUUUAAUCAAAACAUUCAGAGAGAACCAAGACAUCGCUUAGUCAUAUCUAACCUUCCAGAAGUGCCGCUGAUUGGAAAUCCGAGUGAUUGCUGCCCUAAUAGUAUUGAAGCAAGUCCACAUAUGGAACCUGGAGUAAAUCUGUCAUGGGUAAGGGACAGUGAGCACCUAGACUCUAUGGUGCCCUUAAAUUCAUUGAAUAAUUUACCGAAUGCCCAAGACGUGCAAAAGCCAGACGAUUUUUGUAAGCAAAUCGAGCCAAUUGAAAAUUGUAAAGACGUCUCUGAGAAACCAAAAACACGACCAUCUUCCUUAAACUUAGAGGCCAUCUCCACAUCAGGAGCAUCUAUUUUUACUUUUGAAAAUUCAACCCCUCUUGACUCUGUCAUGCCAAAUAGUCAACAGAAUCACCAAUCAAGCACAGUGACAACGAUAGCUCUGUAUGACCGAUCAAAAAGUCUAAAUGAGAAAUCAUCCUCUUCUAGUUCAAGUAUGGACCUGGACUAUACAUCAACAAAUCAUCACCUGAUGAGUCGGCGUAAUUCUGCUCCUGUGAGUGUGUCUGCCGUUAGGGCGUCAUUUAUGAUAAAAAUGUGUCAAGCCAAGGCAGUGCCAGUCAUACCACCAAAGGUUCAGUACACUCAAAUUCCGCAACCAUUGCAGACAGUAAAUGCAGAGUCAGAAAUUACAGAUCUAGAGAAAAAAGAUGUAGUGGAUGAACCUGACUUUACACCAAAGCAGCCUCCAAUGCUGGGACAUAAUGACAUUCCAAAGAGCACAAAAACUGAGGUUAAACCUGUCGAAGAGAAGGAAAACAAUGACCCGAUUACUGUAGAUACACCCCAUCAUUCCGGUUUGAACUCUUCUACAGAUGGCAACCAUAGCAUUCCUCAAGAUGCCCCAGUCCUUCGUAGGAAGCGGAUUUCAGAUGGGGAAGCUACAGGAGAUACACCAUUGUCAUCCAAAAUGGAACGAUCUUCUGGACUUUCGAGGUCUUCAUUUCGAGCCAGAUCUGGAAGACCUCAGAGUCUCAUUUUGUUCAGUCCACCUUUUCCCAUUAUGGAUCACCCUUCCAUUGACACUAAAAUUCUUCUGAGUCCAAUUAAAAGUCCAAAUCAUACAACACAAGAGUCUACAGGUGAGAACCAGAGAACGCCAGAUGGGGUUAUACUCAGGAAUAAAAUGACAAUCCCCAAAAAUGGUCAAAGACUUGAGACAUCCACAAGUUGUUUCUACCAACCCCAACGGAGAUCUGUCAUCUUGGACAGUCGAAGUGGAAGGCAGAUUGAAUGACACCUUCAACCAAGGUUUAAUUCUCACCCCAGAAGGACUUGUUUAAAUGUUCUAAGCAAAUUAGGGAAAAUAUAUUCAAUUGUGUAAAAAAAAAAAAAAUUCUUUCCCCAUGGAUUUUGUUCAUUUUUUUCUUUAUACUUCCCUCGCUCUACAUAUUAACAAUAUUAUAUAGCUGCAGUGCAGUUCACAUGAUCGGGCUGAUCACAGGACAAUACAUCCAUAGCUACAAUAAUGCAAGAAGGUCAUUGUAUAUUUAGAAUGUUUUUCAUUUUCAAAAAGUUUCGAAAGCACUUUGAAAGAACACCCACAAUUUAAAUUCUUCUUAACCAAAACAAGAAAGUGCAUCUGCUCGUUGAUCACAAGGAAGGCGGCCGUUUUGCAACAUGUCCAUUUUUGAAGAUGACAGACAUCUUAUUGCUGAAAUAUUUAAUUAAAAAACAUUUCAAGAAAAGGACUUUACACCUAAGUAAAUCAUAUAUGAAUAUAAUGAUAAGCUUAUGAAAACCACCGGCUUGGCUCUGUCCCGGAGUAUGCUUUCUGCAGGGGAAUCUUUUUGUUGCAUUACUUGAGAUUUGCAAUUACUCCAACAUUUUUUUUUAAAUAUAGGCACAUUAUAGAUUGGUGAGUGAUGGAGCCUGUGGAGGGUUUUCCCUCUUUACGAUGACUUUGUGGCCUUAAGUCAACUACAUAGUCAAUUAUGUGGCUGAUCUGACUGGAAUGACUGAACUUGUGUGAAAGGUUUCCCAUUACUAUAUCCAUUGAUGUGACUGGAAGAUUUACCAUAACAACUAAUUCUGGAGAUAAGAGCCUCAAAGAUGAUAAAACACCAGAACAUUCAUCUACCUGUAGGUCUAAGGCCAGUUUUAGUGGUUUGAUAUUCAUGUGUGCAGCUUUUGCUACAUAAGUUGCUUUGUCUUUUUGAUUCUCUUCUUUCUAUCCAAAAUAUAACACCAAUACUUAGUAGUAAAAUACUACCCCCAUGGCCAUAAAUAUAACUAUUACAUUAUUGUACAUAGGAAUCAGUUUUGUAGUAGUUAGAUUGAAAUUAUCACAAUUCUAUAAGUACUAGAUAUAAGUACUAGAAUAAUGACCCUUAUGGAAAAAUUAUAACUUCUAUAAUAUGGCCCCUAUGGAUAAGAAUAUAACUACUAUAAUACUGCCUCCUAUGUACAAGAAUAUAAUUACUAUAAUACUGCCCCCCACGUAUAAGAAUAUAACUACUAUAAUACUGCCUCCUAUGGACAAGAAUAUAACUCCUAUAAUACUCCCCCAAGCUCAGUAAUAAAUACAGUAGUAGAACCAAGCUCAGUACAUAAACUAGGCAUCGGAACCAUGCAUAUACAUGAAUACAGAAAGAAGCUUUGACAGACAAACACAGCUGAUGAUCCAAGAUCAUAAAUAAAUCCAGCACCUGAACCAAGGUCAGUACCUAUACAGCACCAUUACAAAACCCAGUGCAUAUACAGCACCAGAACCCAGCACAGAGGUGCAGCACUAUAACUAAGCUCAGUACAUGUAUAUAGCACAAAUAGCAGAAACAAUGCACAAUUUAUAAACCCAGCACCUGAACCAAUCUCGUAACAAAAACCCAACAUCAGAACCAAACUCAGUACAUAGACACACUAGAACUGAAGUACAUAUACACAGCAGCAAAGCCAAGCUCAGAUAUAAAUAUGGCACCAGAACCAAGCUCAAUACAUAUAUAGAGUACCAGAACCAAACUCAUGGGAACAUAGGGGGUCAUUAAACAGAAAUACUUCUAAAUUAGGCGUAUUUCUGGCACAGAUUGUGGCGCAAAAAUCCUUUGUGCCGCAGCUUGUGACCUGGCAUAUCGUCUCAAUUAGCAUUUUCUAAAGUAAGACAACAAGGAAACUGUCUUACAUUUAGAACUGGCGGAAGAUCUGCCAAAAUUCUAUAAAGGCCGGUGUUUCUUCAUAACUUUGGCAGAUCCACCACCAGUUUAGGGGUUUAUUAAGACCAGUGUCUAAAACAUCUUAAAGGAUAACCGUCAUGUUUUCAUAAAAAAAAUCUAUUUUAGCAUAUGUUA